UGAGCUGAGAGAUGUUAAAAAUGCUGAUUUCUGGUCUGUUUUGUGUUUUUAUUUGCAGCCACCGUGAAGAACAAUCACAGCAGUUUGGGUUUUUCUGGUCAGAACGGGAACAACGUGGACAACGGGAUGUUUUCUGAAGGGGAUCUGCUGCUGCAGGCUCUGAACGGCUUCGUGAUGGUGGUGACAGCCGACGGUUUAGUGUUUUACUCUUCACCUACAAUCAAAGAUUACCUCGGCUUCCACCAGUCAGACGUAGUUCAUCAGAGUGUUUUUGAAUUAAUCCACACUGAUGAUCGGAUGAUGUUCAGGGAGCAGCUGCACUUCGCCUUAAAGCCGUCGCAGGCUGCAGACGGAGACGGUGUCCAGGUCUGUGCAAACCCGGUGAGCUACAGUCCAGAGCAGCUUCCUCCAGAAAACUCCUCCUUCCUGGAGAGGAGCUUCGUCUGUCGCUUCCGCUGCCUGCUGGACAACUCCUCCGGCUUCCUGGCGCUGAAGUUCCAGGGCCGCCUCAAGUACCUCCACGGCCAGAACCUCCUGAGGGACAACGGGACCCGGAGCCGGCCUCAGCUGGCCCUGUUCGCCAUCGCCAUGCCGGUCCAGCCGCCCUCCAUCGUGGAGAUCAGAACCAAGAUGAUGCUGUUUCAGACCAAACACAAGCUGGACUUCACCCCGAUGGGCACCUGCAGCAGGGGGCAGAUUAUUCUGGGAUAUUCAGAGGCUGAACUGUGCAGUAAAGGUUCCGGCUACCAGUUCAUCCACGCUGCUGACAUGAUGUACUGCGCCGACAACCACAUCCGCAUGAUUAAAACAGGAGAAAGUGGUCUGACGGUGUUCAGGCUCCUCACUAAAUCUGACGGCUGGAUUUGGGUCAAAGCCAACGCCAAGCUGAUCUGCAAAGGAGGCCGACCCGACUUCAUCAUCGCCUACCAGCAAGCUUUGAUUAAAACCGAGGGGGAGGAGUAUUUUCGUCAACGGCGGCUUCAGCUUCCCUUCAGCCUCACCACUGGAGAGGCCGUCCUCUACAACACCGGCCCCACCAUGGACGUCAAUCAGGCCCAGUUCAACAAGAAGUUCAGCAGCAGCAACACGAAGAAGGACGAAGAUCCUAAAUCCCUGCUGGACUGCUUCCUGAAACAGGACGAAAACAUCUACAGCCUGGGGGUGACGGAUCCUCUACCUGUGGACCAGGUGUUCGUGGACAGCCAGGCGCUGCUCAAAGUCACCAACGAGACCACCACAUCAGACGUCAUGUUGGUGAAGAAGGAGUCCCAGCAGUCGGUGAUGGCUGUGAUCAACAGCCUGGAGAAGAUGGUGCAAAAUCGCGACUUCGGUUCAGCUCUGCAGAACCUGGACAUGAGCGAAGGCGAGCUGAUGGAGUGGGAGAACGCUCUGAAGAGGCUGGGUCAGGAUGAGGCUCAGCAGAAUAACGUGAGGUCGGACCUGGACAGCAUCCUCACCGAUGACAUCUUUGACUACGUCGAGGGUAUUUUGUUCAAAGAGAACGGCGAGGACCUCCUGAACCCUCCCAGCUGCCUGACCAGACUCAACCAGCAGCAGGAUCCCUUCAAUCAGUUCUCACCCGGUGAGCUCCGUGAGCCGCCGCUGUUUCCCACACCGAGCCCUGAACAGACUGUCCCUCUGAUUAACGGCGUCUAUGCUCAGCAGCAGAGCGCCGUCAACAGAGGAGGGAUCCCCGGGUCGAGCCUUCAGUCUGCUCAGGUAUUCGGUAACACCCAGACACUGACGCACCAAGGUCCUCUGAUCUCUCAGAUCCCCCAGAUUACUCAGAUCCCCCAAAUUACUCAGAUCCCUCAGAUCCCUCCGACCGACAGCAACCUGCCCCCUCUUCAGCAGCUGCAGCUUCAGGACAUUUUCAGUCCAUCUAUCGAGCUCCCAGUGCUCACCGUCCCCAACAUCUCAGCCGAUGACACCUUUGCAACAUUUCAGUCCUGUGGUGAGGCAUCGGUCCAGCACUCGGGCUGCCAUCCGGGGGUCAACGGUGCGGUCCAGCAGGCCGAUCAGCUCCCGCUGCAUCAGAACCAUCCUGCUGCGAUGCUGCAGAGCUCAGUCCUAGAACCCAACAGUGUAGCUCCUGCCCUCAUGGACACAUUGCCUCCUCUGAUUCCCUGCAGUGACUUUAGCUCCUCGAGCGCGUCUAAUAUUCCCUUUUCCUCGCCAUGUCUUCAGGGAAGCCUCCCGUUUGAUCCGCCCAGCCAUCCGCUGCAGCAGUGGAACCAGAAUCAGAACCAGAAGGUGCCUCACGCCGGCAUCGUGCAGAACGGACACGAGGGGUUGCCGGCAUUCCAGAGCCAAAAUUCACAGGGCCAAACAAUCCCGCAUGCUGGUUUCUGGCCAUGGGGCGUCACUGGACUGAACCAGCAGGGGGCGCUGCCAGGAGGCCAGGCGUCCAAUCAAAGCAGCUGUAUGUUCAACCAGCAUUUUUCUUCCAGCCCACCAGGCAGCGAUGUCCUUACUCCCUCCAGGGCUCCGGGCCUCAGGGGGGCCGACCCCUCGCUGGACCAGAGUCCUGUCCAGGCCUCCUGCUACUACCAGCAGAACCACAGUGAGCCGGUGGUUGGGACGUCCGCCAUCAGCCAGGAGAACGCCGACAUCAGUCCUCUCGCCACUCCGCCCAACAUGUCCAUCGCACAGUACGCUCGCAUCCAGCACUACCUGCAAAACAACAGGCAGACACAGCAGGCUAACAGUGGUGGGAUGUUCGUCGCUCCGCCUCACGACGUUUCCACGUAUCUGAUGGAGUAAACCUGCAGAAGGACGGACGCCUGCAUCGGAACUUCUCCACGGACUGUUCUUGGUUUCAUAUUCUGUUUCAUUUACGUUCUAUAUAUGUUCUAUAUAUAUAAAUAUAUAUAUAUAUCUGUAUACUGUCUGUUUAAAGCUUGUUGCUGUUACUUUAGUGAAGAUACACGAUAAUAACAUGAAGUAUGGAUCCACAAGUGCAUUUACCAGGACGAGCUCUGAGUGGAGCCAGUCCAAACAGCCAAAGAUGUUUUUAUAAGGGAAACCAGAUUUAUCUCCAAGAUUUAGCACCCAAAAGGCAGAUUUUUUAUUCUAGCUAGGUGGAAACAUUUUCUAAAAGAAUUUGUAAUCUUUGUACAAAAGCGUAGAGACUCACUGAAAGUGGGACCGCCAUGCCUUCAAUGAACCUAAUUACAGGUAAAAUAAUGUGUGUUUUAAAUGAGACCCUCAAAGUGGUUGAUGUAAGUGUAUGGAUUUAAUUUGUGCCUUUUUAUAUUUCUUAUAUCCGCUUCGGCUCACUGACGCCCCGAUCCUGUACUGAGCAUUUGCAGUAUAUUAUUGUACUUUUAUGUUUGCCGGUCAGAGAUGCAGAAUGAAGUCUAGUCCCAGAGUUUCACAGCAGCAGUUAGAGCUGAGGAGGCAGAAAUCUGGAAGAAAAAGGCAAAAAUUAACAGAAGAAGUCUGGAAAAAUAAAAGGCCAAAUUAAACAGAAGACGUGAAAAACGGCUGCAUGAACAGGUUUCAUCGGCAGCACAGGACUGAAAGGAACACAAAACUAGACUAGCUGCAGCUGGCAGCGAUUAGCUUCUGUUAGCAGGAAGCUAAAAUGUUUGCAGUUAGCCUCAGCUAGCAGGAAGCUUAACUGUUCGGAGGAAGUUAAAUGUUUAGCAUUUAGCUUCAAUUAGAGACAAGCUAAACUGUUACCAGUUCGCUUCAGAUAGCAGGACGGUAAACUGUUAGCAUUUAGCUUCAGUUAGCAAGAAGGUAAACUUUUUGGAGGAAGCUAAACGUUUAGCAUUUAGCAUUAGUUGGCAGAAAGCUAAACUGUCAGCAGGAAGUUAAAUGGUUUGGAGGAAGCUAAACUGUCAGCAUUUAGCUACAGCUAGCAGAAAGCUAGACUGUUAGCAAGAGAAUGCUAAAACCUUAGCAGGAAGCUGAAUGUUUAGCAUUUAGCUGCAGUUAGCGGGAAGCUAAACUGCAAGAAUUUAGCUUCAGUUAGCAAGUAGGAAAAUUGUUUGGAGGAAGCUAAAUUUUUAGCAUUUAGCUUCCAUUAGCAGGGAGCUUAACUGUUAACAGGAAGUUAAACGGUUAGGAGGAAGCAAAACUGAACAGGAAGCUAAACUGUUAGCAUUUAGCUUCAAUUAGCGGAAAGCUAAACUGUUAACAUUUAGCUUCAGUAAGCAAGAAGGAAAAUUGUUUGGGGGAAGCUAAAUGUUUAGCAUUUAGCUUCCGUUAGCAGGAAGCUUAACUCAACAGGAAGUUGAACGGUUAGGAGUAAGCAAAACUGUUAGCAGGAAGCUAAACUUUUAGCAUUUAGCUUCAAUUAGCGGAAAGCUAAACUGUUCACAUUUAGCUUCAGUUAGCUGGAAGGUAAAUUGUUUGGAGGAAGCUAAAUGUUUAGCAUUUAGCUUCAGAUAGCAGGAAGCUAAACUGUUAGCAAUAAGCCAAAUUAGCCCUUUUUAAAACAGUUUUUAACUUUACAUUUUGAAGCAGUUUCCUGUUAUUUUACAGAUUUUCUCUGUUAUGUUAAAUUACAGAUAAUAUCCAAUAGAAAGAUGUAAAAAUCUGUGAAAUAACGGUAAAGUGUUUUAAGAAUUACAGUUAAAAUCUGUAAAAACUGUUAAUUUUUUUCAGAGAUUAUUGAUAAAAACCUGAAACGCUUUUUUUAAAAAACAAAUCUGUGACGUUUUGAUAGAAAAACGUAAAGAUUUGAACAGUGAAUCUGCAUCUCGUUCUUUAUCUAUUUUUAUUCCUAAUAAACUCUGAGCCGAACACAGUAUAUUAAUAAUAAUAUUCAUGAUAAUUAUAAUCGUCUGAGUUUCCUUCUGGCUGAAAAGCGUCUCAUUAUUAAUCUUCUGCCUUCUUGUAAAUAAAAAGCCGAACUUUAAACAUUAAAGAUGCUCCCUCAGGUUCAUUAAAAUCAUCCUAAACUGCGGAAACAAGGGAAAAGAUUGAACCGGAUCUUCUGCUCCACCGUCGCAGAUCCACCUGAAACUUUAUUGACUCAAACUCUGGAUGUUAAAAUAUUAUCUCUAAGAUUUUAGCUCCAGAAAACAAAAACUGUCUUGACAUCAUUUAUCUGAACUCUUCACCCAGCGACCAACUUUCAGCUGUUUGUUUUAAAUCUGAGUCUGUUUGAAGAACAAAAUCUCAAAAAUUAUUAAAGAUAAAAACCUGAAAUUUCCUGUUAUUUGUCAUCAUGACAAUGAAUGUAGUUAAAUUAUCUCUGAUUGUUGGAGAGUGGAAAUAUGAAAAAAGUAAACAAAAAAAGUCAUGACAGUUUCCAUUUUUGAGCUCAAAUUAACAACAAAUCUGAUAUUUAGAAGUUAACUGGUGAUAUUUUCUGAACCCCAUGUAGCUAAAUAUCACAAUAACACAAAACUAAACAUAGAAAAUGCUUUUAAUACGAAAUAUUUGGUCAUAAAAAUGAAACCAAAGUUAUUUUAGUUGAAUUUUAAUCGCUGAUUGAGCAGAUUUGACAAACCAGAAAAACUGAAAUUUUAUCAGAUAGUUCUGGAGUUUCAAGCUGCUUACUAAUGUUAAAAGUUUUCUAGGUGUUGUUCGAAACCACCACAAAGAGAUGUUAAAUGUCCAGAGUGAGACAUAAAAUGACCAAAGCUACACACAAACUAAACAAACAAAAAAAAAACACAAAAUGUGCAAAAUUACUUGAGAUAUGUCAAAAGUGACUCAUAGCUAGUCCAGAAUUACUGAAAAACUGUCAAGAAUGGUUUAGAAAUGGUCCAGAAUAACUUGAAAUUAGUUUAAAAUGAGAAAAAAAAUUUGAAAAUGAGUCAAAACGUGCAAAACUUUCCCAGAAUGACCUAAAAUUUAUUCAAAAUGAUUCUAAAAUGUCCAAAAUGACGUAAAAAAAAUUAUAAUAAAAAUUGUGGAAAAACUGUUGUAAUUGAGAAAAAAAUGUUGAAAAUGAUUUAAAAUUUGUCCAAAAUGAUGCAAAACUUCUCCAGAAUGACUCAAAAUCUGUCCCAAAUUGCUGAAAAUUUGCCCAAAAGAAUUCAAAAAUGUCCAAAAUUAUGUAAAAUUUUGUGAAAAACGAAUUUACAAACUGUCUAAAGUAAAAAAAAUUGUGAAAAUGACUUAAAAUAUGUCCAAAAUGAUGUGAAGCUUGUCUAGAAUACCUCAGUUUCUCACAAAUAACCUAUAAUUCAUCCCAAAUGACUAAAAAUGUCUUUUUAUUUCAUUUUUAUGACUGAAUAUUUCAUAUUAAAACUUUUCCAUGUGUUCAGCUUUGUCUUAUUGAAUUUUUUUUUGCUGGUUUAAGCUCAAAGACGGAACUUUUCAUGUAAACUUUUAACAGUUUUUUUCAUCUUUCCACUCCCCAAUAAUCAGAGAUAAUUUAAUCAAUAAUUUAGAGUUUAAUUUAUCGUCAUGAUGAGAAAAAACAGGGAAAAUUUAUCUUUAAUUGUUCAAACACUCAGAUUCCUAAAAGCUGCUAAAAGUUGGUCGCCGGGCAGAUUUAAAGGAUUUAUCUCGGAAAAUAGUUUAUAAAUUGAUGUAGAAAUGAACUCAUAUGUCCAUAAAUAUCCAUAUGUUCUGUUGAAUCUGACCCGGUUGAGCAGAAACGUCGUGAAAACGUUCAGUUUAAACGAUCCACACUACAGUCGAACCUGAGCGGCAAUGAUUUGGCAGCUUUUUCCUGCUGCAUUGUGGGAAAUCUCUCAGUAUUUGAACUUUCCUCCGGACUUUGUGGAAAGAACUUGUUUUUCAGGACUGUAGCCACUAAAGAAAACCCUGGAAACCAACGUUGUCCUCUUCCUGCUCGAUGUAAUCCUUUAUUUCGCGGUGGUUCCAGCCUCCAGUAACCAGCAUCUGUUCUGUCAACGCUUUGUUUUAUCCUCAGUAAACGUGUGCAAUCAUUA